AUGGAUUCCGUCGGUUUUAGGGAUUUGGGCUACUGGCCCAAAAUCAUCCGAUCGCUGAGCUCUAAGGGGUUCGUCUCCUUCGCAAUUGGAUUGAACUCUAUUCUUGACGAUUACCGGCACCUGAAUUCCGUCACCGUUUUCAGUCCACCGGAUUUCGGGUCCGUCGCAUCUUCUUCUCCGAUGCUCGGCAGGAUAGUCAGAAUUCACAUCCUGCCUCAGAGGAUUUCGUACAAGGAGCUCGUCGUAUUGCCAGAUAAAUCGCCGUUGAAGACUCUGCUUCCGGGUCAGGAUCUCGAGUUAAAAAAGGCUGGUAAAUUCACUGAAUUGAAUGUCACGGCGGCGAGACUGAGAGUCAACGGAGUUGACAUUGUGGCGCCGGAGAUAUUCUCGUCUGGAAAGUACGUGGUUCAUGGGAUAUCUCGAGUUCUGGAUAUUGCUGACGCGUCUAAGAAGUCUAGCUAG